AUGAGUUGUAAAUGCGGGCUUUCUAAAGUUGGGCCUAAUCCUGAGCGUGCGCUGAAUGAAGUGCACGAGGAGCCUCUAAUCCCGCAGGUGGAAGAAGAUAAUCCCUCCUCUUCCCUCCCACUUGAACCCACAGCAUCAGUCAGCAUCCCUGCUCUUACCUCUCCUCUGGACCUGUGCCUCCCGCGGGGCCGUCUUUUGCUCUCCUCCAAUGCUCAGGGGCCUCAGGGGCCAGCAGCUGCAGCUUGUGGAGGCAGAGACACUUUCACAGAGAUAGAGAAGAGUCUGCUCUGGUCUGAUACAGCGGCGCGAGUGGAUCCUGUCCCGCGAAGGCGAAGCGCAGCGGCUGCGUCCCCCGUGGCCAAGGCCAACCGCCACUGUCACACACUGUCCCGUGCGUGGGGCGCGCAAGGGGUGUCCGGGGGGAGGGGGGGAGGGCAGGGCACGAGACUGGCCAGAGUGCAGACCAUCAAAGACACGGUCCAGUUGGGAUCAGAGUCGGAACAUAGAACGCACUGA